CGUUUACCUUGGGGGCGCCGAAUGUUUUUGAGCUCGCGCGGAGGGUGUGAGGCGUAGUGGUGUUUCGGGCUGGCGCUGAGGAGUUUGAUUCGUUUGGCUUUAAAUUUUUCUGGUGGUUUACAGCAAAGUGCCUGGCGGCCUCAAAGAAAGGAUACAGAUUACGGUUCCAAAAGCGCUGGCUUGAGGGGAGACGGGCCUUGGGCCCCGGGAAUUCACAGUCUGAAGCAGGGGCUGUCUUAUCCUGAGCCUACUCAGAGCCAUAGCCAGUACACCGUUCCUGGGCUGGGAAGCAGGGGUCCUUAUUUCAGAGAGCCGCUUCCGAAGCAGAAGAUGGCUCAAGAUCAACCUUUGCUUGCUGUGCAGGAGGCCCUGAAGAAGUGCUUUCCCGUGGUGGAGGAACAGCAGGGCCUGUGGCAGAGCACUCUGCAGGACUGCCAGCCCCUCCUAGCCUCCCUCAGCAACCUGGCAGAGCAGCUGCAGGCCGCACAGAACCUGCGAUUUGAAGAUGUGCCAGCCCUUCGGGCCUUCCCAGACCUACAGGAGCGGCUGAGACGCAAGCAGCUGGAGACUGGUGACACGGUUCUGGACAGACUUGAGGAGAAGCUAGAUACCCUUCUCAAGGUGCGUGACACAGUCAGCAGCCACGUGGAGCGAGUGUUUCAUACCUAUGAGCAACACGCAGACGCACUUGGCAUCGAUGCUGUCCUUCAGCCCUCAGUUGUGAGCCCGUCUGUGGCAGAUAUGUUGGAAUGGUUGCAGGAUAUCGAGAGACACUACCGAAGUUCGUACCUGAAGAGAAAGUACCUCCUCUCCUCCAUCCAGUGGGGAGACUUGGCAGGCAUUCAAGCAUUGCCCACAACCUGGAACCGAAUUUCAGAGGAUGAGCGCCAAGACCUUGUGCAGGAUAUCCUAUUGAAUGUAUCUUUCUUCCUGGAGGAGUAAAGAAGCUGUGUGUUUAUCUGGAGACCAAGGGCCACUGUUGAAGACUGACAUUGCUGCACUGUGAUAUUUCUGGUUCUUUUUUUUUUUUUUGGUGUCGGGGAUUGAACUCAGGACCCUGCGCUUGCAAAGCAGUCGUUGGAACCACUGAGCUAAAUCCCCAGCCCUGCACUGUGAUAUUUCUAAAGGAACGUCAGCACAGACAGCAACCUGGCAUAUUUGAAAUAUCAGUGUCUAGAACCUAAGGACUGGGUCUUAGGUUUGGUGGUAGGUGUCUCUGGGGGCUUCUCCAUGCCAGGGCAUGGCCUAGGGUACACAGGCCACUUCUUACCCUUUCCUGAGGCUCAGGGAAGUGGAUGGAGGCAGAGAGACAGAAAAGACAGUGCUGGCAACACCGUAUCUCUCUCUAUCUUAAGAUUUGAAGUGGUAGGGAAAGAAAGGACAGAAGAUAAAGGGCUACAGCUGCUCUUGGCAUCAUUUGAAUCACCACCUGUUUGACCCAGGUCCUGCUUUUGUGUUCAUAUCAAUGCCAGACUCCUUGAUGAAGAAGAAAGUGGUUUUGAUGAUUUAAAUAAAUAAGGGUGAGGCUGGGAAUGUAGUGUAGUGGUAGAACUUCUGUUUGGUAUGGCCCUGGAUUCAAUCUCCAGCAUCAGACAAAAUAAGAAGAAAAGGAAGGAAGCCAGGUGUGGUGGUACACACUGUAAUUCCAGCACUUGGGAGGCUGCAGCAGGAGGAUUGCGAACUUGAGGUCAGCCUAAGGCCUCAGUAGCUACUUCAAGGCCAGCCUGGACUACAUAGUGAGAGUUUAUCUCAAAAAGUGAAUGAAUGAAUGAAUGAAUGAAUGAAAAAAGGGUGAUAUUGAUGGAAAACAUUUCAAAAUUCAGAAUAUUUGACCCACUGCAGUAACUCAUCAUCUAGCCACUUUCCAUUUCCACCACCUGCCACCAGGGGGAGAUGAUGUAGCAUGAAUCAGCUGAAUGCUUUGUCUUUGAGAGCUUUCCGUUGUUGCUGGUAACCCUCUGUGAGGAAGUAGAGUGAGACAAAAAAUGACAGGGUUUGGCGAAAACUGACAUCACACUGGCCCUGUUCUUGUGAGUUUGGAUUAGCUACACAGCCCAGAGACUCGUGGUCAGGGUGCCUUGCUGAGGCUCCGGGUUUCAGCUCUACCGUGGCCAUGUGCUUGUAGAGCUUCCCACUUCCCAGCUGCUUUUAGAGACCUCCACCACUGAUAGAAAGGGCGCUAAUAAAAAGAGUAUAGAUUUUUUUUUUUUGGUACCAGGGAUCAAACUUGGGUCCUUGCGCUUGCGAGGCAGGCGGUGGAACCACUGAGCUGAAUCCCCGGCCCUUUGUACACUUUUUUUUAGUAAUUAUAGGAAAGAUUUAAAAUGUAGAAAAGUAUAAUUCAGACUCUAUCAGAGAUAUUUUAAUGUACCCUUUCAUUGUCCACUCACAGUUUUAGUAAAAAACAAGUGAUAUCAAUACAUACCAUUGAAUUGUGUUUAAAAACUAAAUAUAGCAUUUUUAUCUUCAUUAUCUGUUUUUAUACCUCAACACAAUUGUAUACCAUUAUCUUUAUUAUAUAAUAUAUAUUUGUCUGUGAUUGUAUCUUACAGUCUCUUAGAUUUUAUGUGUAGUUUUCCAAAUCUCCAUGUUUUUCUAUCUACAAAGAUCUUAUACUCUGAUUGGGAAAAAAAUGAAAUACAUAGAAAUAUACCAUUGUCCACUUAAUAAAUAACAAUUAUUAAUAACAUGGGUGUAUUCUUCCAAGAAUUUUAUUAAAAUUUUAUCAUAUGCAUAAUUUUUAUAAAUAAAACUUAACUCAGAAGGGAUUUGAAUAUUGAAUCUGAUGGGCUCUAGAGACAGAGAUAAAAGAAAGUCCUGAGAAAGCUUAUAGUUCAAUCCGGGAAAGAUACAGAACAGUGUCUUAAACUUUAAUGUGCAUGUGAAUCACUAGAAUUGCUAGAAUUUAGAGUCUCAUUGUGUUGGUCUGGGAGGGGGCCAAGAUUCUGCAUUUCUACAGAGGCCCUAGGAAGUGUUGAUACUCAUAGUCCAAGGAUCAGCCUUUUGAGUUGUAGAGAUUUAAGUUGUAAUACAAUGAUGAAAGUGUUACAGUUAUAUAAAGGGUUGUGGGAGAAUAGAGGUGACAGCUAACUGCUGGGGGGUUAUUUCCUGGUGACAAGUACAUCUGAGUUAGCCUUAAGGGAAAUUUUACUUGGGGCUAGGAGAGGAUUCAUGGUAUUCCCCUGCACGGGACACAGACUGAACAAGGGCAGCCUUUGAUUAAGAAUGGACAGUGACAUUGAAAGUUUGCUCUGUGCAAGGCUUCGUGCUUGUUGCUUUUAUCCCCUAGAACUGACAAUUGCUAAUUAUGCAAUACAGCAGGUAGAGUUCCUAGAAGAAUGGCAGGAAAUGGGUCUGUAGGGGCAGACUGAAGUCGCGUUGUGAAGAACUCUGAACCUGGUUCAAGGUUCUGAUUUUUGUUCUAGAGAUAGUUGCUUGUGUACACGUACAUGUGUGUAUAGUUGAAUGCCCUAUAACAGUUUAGUCAAUGAAGGACUGCAUAUAUGAGGGUGGCCUCAUGAGAAUAUAUGCUGUAGUGACACCCUGGCAACUUAGUUUAACUCCGAUGUUCACACACAAAAAAAUCAGCUAAUGACACAUUUCGCAGAACAUACACCUAUUAACCCCUUACCACUCCAAUUACUUAAACAUGGGAUGACGAAAAAUUUUCAUACUUUUUCAUUAAUUUUAUAAGAAUAUAACAGGAAGUAUAAAAAUGACAAUUUUAUCAAAUUUAUUCACUACAAGAAUCAACUGGUUGAAAUGACACCUGCCCGAGUGAAGCUUUGGAUAGUCAGUACAUAAACAAACGUGCUGCCUACGUGACGCUUGGGUAGACUAUUUUUUUAAAGACAGUCUCAAUACGUAGUUCAGGCUGGACUUGAACCCACUAUGUAGUCCAGGCUGGCCUCAUCUUCACCAGUGAUCCUGAUCGGCCUCCCAUGUGCUGGGAUUACAGGCGUGUGCUCACACCUGGCCUCAGAGUGGUUAAAUGAUACACAACUGUACGUGUGACCUUGUGUGUGUAUAAUAAAGCUUUUUAAGCUUCUGUUACUGAAUGAUGGCUGGAAACAAAUAUGUUUAUGGUGCCUAGGAAUAACUAUUGAAUAAUUUUCAUUUCUUUACUCUUAGCAUUUUUCUGUUAUUAAAUAGCAUCCUUUUAAAUGUUUUUUUAAAAUCUAAAAUUUUGUUAAUAAAACAUUCAAGCAUUAUAUAAAA